AGGGGGCGCCGAGCGGCGCAGGCGCGGUGCGGCCAGGAAGUCGCUGUGUCGUAGGGAAAUGAUCCCGACGCAGGAGAGCGACUUGACAGACAUGAGCAGCAGGGAGAAAGAGCUCAAAAUACACUUCACACCUGGGAAUGUGGAGCUGGUGGAGGAGCACGUGGACACCCCCUUCAGGAAGGUGCUGGUGACGGGCGCCACGGGGCUGCUGGGCCGGGCCGUCUGCAAGGAGUUCCAGAACAACGGCUGGCACGUCAUGGGCAGCGGUCACAGCCGCGCCCGGCCCCGCUUCGAGAGCUGCAACCUGCUCGAACCCGAGGCCGUGCGGCAGCUGGUUCAGGGUUUCCAGCCUCACGUCAUCGUGCACUGCGCGGCGGAGAGGAGGCCGGACGUGGUGGAGACCCAGACCGAGGCUGCGACGCAGCUGAACGUGAACGCCGCGGCGACCGUCGCCAAGGAGUCAGCUGGGAUGUUUCUCAUACACAUCAGCACGGACUAUGUGUUUGACGGGCGCGACCCCCCGUACGCAGAGAACGACCCCCCGAACCCCCUGAACCUGUACGGGAAGACCAAGCUGGAGGGAGAGAGGGAGGUCCUGCGGCACAAUCCCGGCGCGGCCGUGCUGAGGGUGCCCGUUCUGUACGGCGCCGUGGAGAAGACCGAGGAGAGUGCCGUCACGGUGCUGCUCGACAAGGUGCAGAACGGCGCGGCGAGCUGCGGCGUCGACCACUGCCAGCAGCGCUUCCCCACCUACGUCAACGACGUCGCCAGCGUGUGCCGGCAGCUGGCUGACCGCAGGCUCCAGGAUCCGUCGAUACAGGGAAUCUUCCACUUUUCGGGCAAGGAGCAGAUGACCAAAUACGAAAUCGCUUGUGCGAUAGCUGAUGCCUUUAACUUGCCCAGCAGUCAUCUCAUUCCGGUGACGGAGCCGCCGGCCGACGUGGGCGCCCGACGGCCACACAAUGCCCAGCUGGACUGCUCCAGGCUGGAGGGCCUGGGCCUUGGGCGGCACACCCCCUUCAAGGCGGGCAUCAAGGAGAGCCUCUGGCCCUUCCUGCACGACAAGAGGUGGAGGCAGACCGUGUUCCACUGAGCAGGCCCGAGGCGAGAGACUGCACUGCUGCUCCUUCCACCCGCUGGCCAUUCCUCCCUCAGAAAGUCUCAGAAGCUUCUCUAUAGCCCAUUCCUGUAGACGGCAGGUAUUAUGCACUCGUGGAGGAACUAGAAUUCAAGCAUAGCUAUCUGCCUGUGUCGUGAGUCACUCUGGGACUAAAUAUUACAAAUACAGACUUGGAGGGGGGGUUGCUGUCUGUGUCUGUCUCUGUCUCGGUAGAGGUAGCUCGCGCUCUGGAAUCAGGGUGGUAAGGAACAUUUUGUCCAGCAGGGUGUACACAGUGGAAAACCUAAUGUCUAGGAGAAUGUAAAAAAAAAAUAGAAAUUUAGUAUUUUUCUAGAACGUCGCAUUUGUCAGUCACGCCAAUCUAAACAGUGUUUGAGUUCCAAUGUUUUUUUUUCACAUUUUCGUUUGCACAGCAGAGCAUCCUCUUGCCUGCCCUCUCAGAGUGUGACUCGCUGCUCAAGAUGUAGUGUUAGGAAGCACGCUGUGACCUGGGGUUUGUGCGAGACGGGCCUGGAGGCUGUUCUGUCCAGCUCAUGAAAAUCUCAAGCCCACAAUCGCAAGAGAAAAGGGGAGGUUUCUCUUUUCACUGUUCCAAAACCUGAUUUCCCGAUUUCAUGUUGAGGUGCGAGUUUGGCUGAAGAGUGUCUGACGGAGUUCCUUGACAUGCUCGAUACCUCUGCCGUUAAGUACAGUGCUAGCUGAUGUUCAGGUUUUCCAAUUUUCCUUACUGCAGACAAGUUACAUUUGGAAAAAAAAAUAUGCAGGUAAAAAUAUCCUGUAAGCACAGUGUAAAUUUCAGUCUCUGUCCAUUGUGGAAGAGGAGCGCUCCCAUUUCUCCAGGAAAGAUGGCUGUGUCCGUGUCCCUAAGCUACAGAAGUACUAGAGUGUGGGUUUCGUUCUGAAAUAUAGCAAUAGAAAAUUAAGGAGACAUGGGAAAUUUACUGAGCAGUUGCCAAAGAUUAAAGAUUGCACACCGCUUGUCAAUGAAUUCACAGUCCUUGAGUCCACCAGGCUGAUGGACGCCAUGGACUGUAGGCUUCUGUGAGUUGGUGGUGCACUCCCUGUUUUUGCCACCAGGUGGGGCUGCAUGUUGCCGAAACUGGUUAAAAAAAGCAAAGGGUGCAGAGACUGGAAGGGUGGGUAUUCCGUGACCUGGCUGAGGAUCUGCUUUGUGGGCUUGACCCUUAAAAUUCUGCACUGUGUGGCGUAUUCAGAGCAAGCCCCCCCCCGGAUAGGAGCAGAGCCCUCCUGCUGUCUUUGUGUGUCUCACUAACAGGCCCAGUCUCACCUGAACUCCUUUCUUCACGCAGUUGUUGUGGCGGUCUCCUGUGGUUUGACGUUUCAUAAAAUAUAGUUUUGAAGUGUUUGGAAAAACAACUGAAUCAGAGAAGCUAAAUAUUAAUUGGGGUAAGUGAUUCUGUUAAAUGUACUGUUUUGAAAAACCUUUAAAUUCUUUUAUAAAAUCCUCCGAGAUUGUGCACGGUCUGUGAGGGCUGUUUGAUUCCUGGCAUGGUUUCGACUUGGUCAGUUUGGAGGCAGGUUCAGAGGGAUUUUCCAGGCAAGUUUGUUGUUCCUGGGAAUGUUAUAUAGUCAUAUCUGAAAUGGAAAAGUAGGGGACUAUUUUCAACCUCUGUGUUGUUAGAGAAGGGAGGCUCUUAAUUCCUUGCUCCCAGGUGAACUUUGAACUGGGGUGUGUCUUCAAGACAAAGAGUGAGCUGGUUACAGUGAAUGACACAAGGACAGGAGCAAGAUUGUUCUUUAUGUGCGUUCUCAUCACGUGACUACUGAAGAUAUAGACGCAGUUUUUUCACAGUCCUUCUGCGUGCUCAGAAUAGUAAGUUGGUGUCUGGGUGGAGUAAAUUGAGUUGUCUGGCUGUUACUGCUGCCCCAGAUACUUUUUCAGUGCUUCACAUAGACUGCUCUGAGGUAAUACUCGCAGUUUGUGGAUAAUUUUGUUCUGAGGUAAUAAGAUCAUUGGAUUGAUCCAGCCUUUAUCUCUUACCACUGUCCUGUGUGUUAAGUGUGCAUUAAAGGGUUCAGUCCAUCAGUCAGCACUCAGUACUGCUAUAAUCAUUGGAAGAAUGACACGAGAGAUUGAUUUAUAAUUUUGGAAGAACUAUUAAAAUGUUCUUGAAAAUGUGAGCAUCAUAUGGUGUUGGAUACUUUUUUUAUGCAGGAAACCUUCAAAUUAUUAUUUUUACAUCCUGCAAAGUUUGCAAGCUUCUAAGACAGAGCUACUCCAGUUUACACACCUUUCAAACUCCUCCAUUACACAAUCUCACCACAGAUCAGCUCCUUAUUUACUUGCUAAUAAUCGAUUUCUGGGUACAUCAGGGUCCAAGAGUGGGGUGAGUUGAUUUCGACACGAAGCAGCAGUACUGGGGCUGCGGCCAGUCCGAGGUCAUUUGCAUCUGCUGGUGUAACAACACCCUGUGUUCUUUCAUCAUGCCGAGGACUGGAGAAGACAGCUGCUUCUAUAGGAACUAGCUCUUUCAGUUCCUUGACCGUUUCUGUUAUUGCACUGACCCUUGUGAAGACAGUCCCCAGGCCUUGUGGAAGAUGGUGAUCUUGUUCAAUUUUUUGCUGAUGGCCAGUUAUGCUCAGGGCAUGAAUUCUGAUUUUUUUUUUUCCUCAAAAUGUAUUUGCAUUAGAGUCUAAUUCCCAUCUACAGGAGAGUCUUGUUUCAGGCUAGGUCUUUUAGAUCCGUCCAUCCAUUUUCAGACACUGGGUUGUGGUGAUCCCAAGGCUGGCCUGACAGACGGUAGGCACCACUUCAUCAGACUUUCAGGCAAUGAAUAAAAAUAGGGAAGGCUUUUCUUUAAGCAGUGUUGUGCAGAUUACUAGCCGUUCUUAAACACAGCUCGAGAUUUGUUUGACUUUUUCGUGAAAUUGCUCAUGCCUGUUGGUGUUUGGUCACGUAGUUCAGAUCGGAUAAUAUUCUGUUUUUACCUGGUUGGAUUUGACCUGUGUAAACUGACAUUGCUUACCAGUGUGAACAAUAUGAGCACUGUGUCACCGCAGUCUGUAUAGUGUGCACUGAACACUCCACACGUGGCACCUGUAAACCUUCACAACCUUGUUUCCCCAAUAAAGCAAAGCUUCAUUUUUCAGCG